AUGCCGAAUAGAGAGUUGCAUGAAAACUUACCGUGGGUUGAAAAGUACCGCCCUCAAAAUCUUGACCAGGUCUAUGGUCAACAAGAAACUAUCCAGACUAUUAGAAAGUUUGCCCAAGAUGGCAGAAUUCCACAUCUUCUAUUUUAUGGACCACCAGGUAGUGGUAAGACAUCUACAAUAAUAGCAUUGGCAAGGGAAAUUUAUGGAAAGAAUUACAGAAAUAUGGUUUUAGAGUUGAAUGCUUCUGAUGAUCGAGGUAUUGAUAUUGUUAGAGAUCAAAUAAAGAACUUCGCCAGCACUCGGCAGAUUUUCAGCUCUGGAUUCAAACUAGUGAUAUUAGAUGAAGCAGAUGCAAUGACAAAUACAGCCCAAAAUGCUUUAAGGAGGAUCAUAGAGAAAUACACUAAAAACACGAGAUUCUGUAUUCUUGCAAACUAUGCACAUAAAAUAAAUCCCGCUUUGAUGUCACGUUGUACAAGAUUCAGAUUCUCUCCGUUAGCUAUAUCGGCAAUAGAAGAAAGGGUUGACACUGUCAUUAAAGAGGAGAAGCUCAAAAUCGAAAAGCCAGCUGAAAAAUGCCUCGUUACACUCAGUAAAGGUGAUAUGAGAAAGGCUUUGAAUGUUUUACAAGCUUGUGCGGCAGCAUUGGAUAAGCCUGAGGAUACUAUAAGCGUUGACAUGAUUUACGAAUGUGUUGGUGCUCCCAGACCUAAGUCUAUAGAAGUGAUAUUAAAUGCAAUAAUGGAACGAGAUUGGACAGAUUCAUACUCCGUCAUGAAUAAAAUCCGUAAGACUGAGGGGCUUGCACUUAUUGAUUUAAUUGAAGGAUUUAUGGAUAUCCUUGCAAAAUAUGAGCUCAAACCGCUCACUAGAAUAAAAAUGAUUCAGGGUCUCGGUGAUAUAGAAUAUGGCAUUUCCAAAGGUGGAAGUGAUAAGAUUCAAAGUACAGCUGUAAUUGGAUGUAUAAAGAAUGCUUUAGAGAAUGAAGCUUGA